CAACAACGUGGUGGCAACACUGCUCACUGUCAUCUGGAUCUGAUGACCAAACGCCGUGCCGUGACCCGUGACCCGUGAUAUAUAUAUUUAUUUCGCACUUCACAGAAAAAUGCAACCACAAAUAAUAUUACUGAAAGAGGGUACAGAAAAUUCUCAAGGGAAGCCACAACUGAUAUCUAACAUCAAUGCCUGCCAAGCAGUGGUGGAAACUGUCCGAACCACACUCGGACCCAGGGGCAUGGACAAACUCAUAGUUGAUCAAGGAGGAAAGGCUACAAUAUCAAAUGAUGGAGCCACUAUCAUGAAGCUACUGGAAAUUGUUCACCCUGCUGCUAAAACAUUGGUUGACAUUGCCAAAUCUCAGGAUGCCGAGGUGGGAGAUGGGACAACCAGUGUUGUACUCCUGGCAGGAGAGUUCCUGAAACAAGUCAAGUCUUAUGUGGAAGAAGGUGUUCACCCUAGAGUUGUCAUCAAAGCCAUCCGCAAAGCCUUGCGGUUGUGUCUUGAGAAAAUUGAUACCCUAGCUGUCAAGAUUGAGAAGAGCAACACCACAGAACACCGUGCUUUGCUACAGAAGUGUGCUGCAACUGCUCUCAGCUCAAAACUGAUCCAUCAGCAGAAAGAUUUCUUUUCAAAAAUAGUUGUGGACGCAGUUCUAUCCCUGGACGAUCUAUUACCCCUGAAUAUGAUUGGAAUAAAAAAGGUUCAAGGUGGUGCUUUGGAAGAUUCCAAAAUUGUGGAUGGUGUAGCAUUUAAGAAAACAUUUUCCUAUGCUGGAUUUGAAAUGCAACCAAAGAAGUACCAGAACCCAAAAAUAGCACUGCUCAACAUAGAGUUGGAGUUGAAGGCAGAAAGGGACAACGCCGAAGUGAGAGUGGAUAAUGUCAAGGAAUACCAGAAAGUUGUAGAUGCUGAGUGGCAAAUUUUGUAUGAAAAAUUAGACAAGAUCGUGAAGUCUGGUGCACAAGUUGUACUUUCAAAACUUCCAAUUGGCGAUGUUGCAACCCAGUAUUUUGCUGACAGGGACAUGUUCUGUGCGGGCCGCGUACCAGAUGAAGACUUGAGACGUACAAUGAAGGCUUGUGGUGGAGCUGUCAUGACAACUGCCCAUGAUCUCAACGACUCCGUCCUUGGUACUUGCUCUCUGUUUGAGGAGAACCAAAUUGGGGGUGAAAGGUUCAACUUUUUCUCUGGAUGCUCAAACGCAAAAACAUGUACAAUUGUUUUGCGGGGAGGAGCAGAACAGUUUCUGGAAGAGACAGAGCGUUCACUGCACGAUGCCAUCAUGAUUGUACGAAGGACCAUCAAGAAUGAUGCAGUUGUUGCAGGUGGUGGUGCUAUUGAGAUGGAGCUGAGUAAGAUGUUGAGAGACUAUUCUCGCACCAUCGCAGGCAAGGAGCAGCUUCUCAUUGGAGCCAUUGCCAAGGCUUUGGAGGUUAUUCCACGUCAGUUGUGUGACAACGCUGGCUUUGAUGCCACCAACAUACUUAACAAACUCCGCCAGAAACAUGCUCAAGGGCAGUGCUGGUAUGGUGUUGAUAUCACAAAAGAGGAUGUCAGUGACAACUUUGAGAACUGUGUGUGGGAGCCAGCAAUUGUCAAGAAGAAUGCCCUGACUGCAGCGUGUGAAGCGGCCUGUCUCAUUCUGUCCGUAGAUGAGACCAUCAAGAACCCCAAGUCAGGUGGAGGUGAAGGAGGUCCUCCCAUGGGUCGGGGCCGUGGUCGCCCCAUGUAAUACUUUGAACCUUUACAUAUGAGUAUUAACACAUCUAAUGGAGACUAAUAAUUUAAAGUGUUGCCUUAAGAUAGUUCAACACAUGCAUUUUAUGUUAACAAAAGCUUUUUUUAAUGUUGCUAAGAAAAUAAAAACUGAAACAAUAAACAACUAUUUAUUUAUUUGUA